AUGCCAGUGUUAAUUGAUCUGGCAAAUAUAUCAGUUAAUGAUGGUGAGAUUAUUGCAGCUGCUAUUUUUAACAGCUUAUUAGGACAGUUGUGGUCACAACUAGAAAUUAGACAGUUGUGGUCACAACUAGAAAUGGUAGAUGGCGUUCUACACCGUUGUGUAGAUAAAGGUACUCCAUCGAAGCGACUAGUUUUGGUUGUCCCUCGAAAGAUGCGUUGCGACCUUUUAAAACUUUCUCAUGAUGACCCAUGUUCGGGACACAUGGGAAUAAACCGCUGCUUAGAACGUCUGCAACGACGAUAUUAUUGGCCGGGAAUGGCAGCAGAAGUGCAACUAUGGAUAGCCGAGUGCGAAAAGUGCAACAGACGGGAAACACCCGUCCCAUCUCAAAAGGCACCCAUGCAGAGCAUAGAAAUUGGACAACCGAUGGAACUGUGGGCUAUGGACGUAUUAGGUCCACUUUCUAUGACUGCACGGGGGAACCAGUACAUCUUGGUUAUGUCCGAUCACUUUACCAAGUGGGUAGAGGCGGUGCCAAUGCCCAAUCAACGUGCCGAGACGGUAGCUAAAGCCUUUGUUAAUGAAGUAGUAACUCGACAUGGAGUCCCAAGUAAACUUCUAACCGAUCAAGGAAGAAACUUCGAGGCCGAUCUCAUGAAGCAAGUGUUCAGUCUCCUCGGUGUGCGAAAACUAAGAACUUCGCCGUACCAUCCCCAAACGGACGGACAAGUUGAGAGAAUGAAUUGCACGUUAAAGGGAAUUCUGACAGCUUAUGUAAAUAAGGACCAUAAUGAUUGGGACGAUCACUUACCACUGGCCUUGUUUGCAUACCGUAACAGUGUGCAUUCCUCGUCUGGGGUUUCACCUUUCCAGGCAAUUUAUGGUCGCGAAGCCACUACACCGCUGGUACUUAUGAACACCGAAACUGAAGUUAAGGAACAGUUUAUUUCAAAUUACUGUGAUGAACUGGAGAAGACAUUAAAGGACAUACAUCGCAGCAUCAAAACGAACAUUGACGUGGCGCAAAGUAAGCAGAAGAAAGGGUACGACGAACAUAAUGACGUUGACCGAAGUACAGCGCUAAAGGAAGGGGAUCGCGUGUGGCUCAAUAACAAAGCGGUACCAAAGGGCUUGAGCCGAAAAUUCCAUUCACCGUGA